AGCCGGCUCAAUUUUAGCUCGGGCGUGUGUCCCGAAGGAUGGACGUAUUAUAGCAUGGUCCAUACAUAUGCCUUGGGCCCUACAACAGCUUACUGCUGCGAUAGUGGAUUCAACUACACUUGGGUCGAUGGGUUGGCGUGCGCUGCAUGGGGUCUCAAGACCGAAGCCCUUCCCAACCCCGAGGACGCGAAAUCGGACCAAGUGCUCAUGAUACAUACACCCUGGACAGUGACUUGGUAUGCAUCUGAUACUGCGAUCUUGACUCCAAAGCUACCGACUUUGGCGAGCCUAAUGAUAAUACUAACGUGGACAACUGGUCAGACAAUCCCGGAUGGAGUUUAUGACUACAAACCGCCGAGACUUGAGAGUGGUCCUGACUUUACAAAGAUAGUCUUUUGAUGUUCCUAGUUGCUGGAAUUCCUGUGAUUGUGUUCGUGUUGAUCUGCUCAUGCGUCUUUUGCUGCAUAAGGAGCUGCAGAAAGAAGAGGCGGCAGAAAAAAGCUGCGAUUGUUGCGGCAACGAACGACGCAC